GCGUCAUUGGCUGUUGAGCUGCUCUUCAGAGUUGUGCUCGUGCAUUCAUUCAAACGGCUGACUUCUGGAGCGCGCGCAAGAAAAGGGCAGAUCUCCUUCGAGCUCAAAUUCAUGUUUCAUCCGUUUACUGCAUGAUUCUGUCAACCAAAUCUAAAGGAUGACGAGACAGGAGUGACAUAUCUGUUCUCGGCCGGAGCGUGAGGUUGGGCAGAGGAUGCUGGAGGAGAGUGAUGGAGAGGUGGAGGGGAUCGGAGGAGGAGGGCUUGAAGCAGAGGUGGAGAGACUGACGGCAGAACUCCAGGAGGCCAAUGAGGAGAAGUUACAGGCUGCACGGUACGGCCUGGCUGUUCUGGAGGAGAGCGCUGCUCUGAAGACCAAACACAGCCAGCUGGAAGAAGAACAUGAAGCCCUUAAGAUGGAAAUGCAACAGCUCAGAGAGGCUCUGGCAGACUCUGUGAGCAGCCAUAAGCGUGCAGCAGCAGAUGGGGAAAGUCGAGAGGAGAGGCUCCUGCAAGAGUCGGCCAGUAAAGAGGCGGCCAUGGAGAUUCGCAUGGAUGAACUGCAGGCGGAGCUUAAACAGGCCCGCGUCAUGCUGGCCAAUGCCUCGGCUGAAAAUGAGAGACUGGCCGGGCUCUCCAACCAGCUGAAGAAGGAGUGCGAGUGUUUGGAGGUGGAGAAGACCCGUAUGAGAGAGGAGAUGAAGGAGUACAAGACUCGAGAGGCGCAGCAGCUUCAGGAUAACAGUGAGCUGGAAGAGGAGAACAUCUCUCUGCAGAAACAAGUCUCAGUGCUUAAGGAGAACCAGGUGGAGUUUGAGUCAGUGAAGUUGGAGUUGACCAAUAAAGACGAGGAGCUGGAGCUGAUGAGGGCACAGCUGGAAGAGGCUGGGCGUCUGAGGGAGAUCGCAGAGCGCCAGCUGGAUGAGGCACUCGAGGCCCUGAAAGAGGAGAGGGAGCAGAAGAACAGCCUGAGACGAGAACUUGCCACCCUUAACUCCAACCCCUUUGACUCUAUUUGUCACUUAGAGCUACAGCUGGAUGACAGCCAGGAUGGAGAGAAGGACAAAGAGGGAGGAGAGGAAGGGGAGGAGAUGGACAGUGGGUAUAAUAACUCUAAAGGGAUGGAGAGAAACCGGUGCUCCACACCCAGAAACAGCGACGUGUUCCUUAGACCUCAGGCUCCUGGGCUGGUGGCUGACCUUCUGAGUGAGCUGCACCUGUCAGACAGCCAGAAACUCAAGCAGCAACUGCUGCAGGUGGAGAGAGAAAAAGCCACUCUGAGCAGCACUGUGCAUGACCUUCAGCAGCAGUUAGUCCAGUCUAAAGAUGCUCUCGGUGAGCAACAGGUGAAGCUGGAUCAGCUGACCCAAUGUUUGGAGACCCUUCAGAGUACAGUCUCAAAAAGGCCUUGUGAACAAGAGAAUGGAAUGAGUCUGUCUUCCAGGUCCCUUCAGAACCAAGAGGCCGAAAAUGGCAUCAACUAUUACGAAGUGGACGCAAAGAGCACAGAAGUACUAGAGUGCCGCAUGCAAGAGGCAAAUGAGGAGCUUGCACAUCUGCGUGAGGAGCUGAAAGAGGCUGGCGAGCGCUCCAAGGCCCUGGAGGAGCGCUGCAAGCAGGAGAAAGAUCGCUGGAGGGGUGAGGCGCAAGAACUCGCUGAUAAAAUUCGACAGUGUAUCACUGCUAGCCGUCAGGACCAGGAGCGAAUAGGACAAUUGGAGCGAGAAAUUGGUGCCACGCGACAGGUCGCCACAGACUCUGAAAGCCACCUCAGUGUUGCACAGGAGGAGCUUCUGGCCUUCUCUGAGGAGCUGGCCAACCUUUACCAUCAUGUGUGUGUUUGUAAUAACCUCACGCCUAGCCGCGUUACACUGGAUUACUAUCGUGAAGGAGCCCAAGCAGGGAGAACGCACAACCAUUCACAGCCCCACCACUAUCGCGGAUCCUUCCGCAGGCACAGGCGGUCAGGUGAAGUAGACUUGGGUAGCGGAGGGAGUGGAGAUACGUCCUCUAGCUGCGGAAGUUGUCCAGGGUCUCCUACAUUAGACUUCAGGGACCCAACCAAUGUGCGCAAUCUGGUAGCUGUCAUUCGCUGCCAGAUUAAACAAUUACAGGUGGCAGUGGACCUGUGCAGGCAGCGCAACCUGUUGUCCUCCCCAGCAGCAGGAGGAAACACUGAUUCAGACCGUGACACAGAGGCAUUGCUUGAGGAAGUUUUAAAACUGAAGUCCCUGCUGAGUACCAAGAGAGAGCAGAUAGCCACUCUCAGAACUGUCCUAAAAGCCAACAAACAGACGGCCGAGUUGGCUUUGACCAACCUGAAGACAAAGUAUGAGACAGAGAAAAGCAUGGUGUCUGAGACGAUGAGGAAACUUAGAAAUGAACUGAAGGCUUUGAAGGAGGAUGCAGCCACCUUCUCUUCCCUACGGGUCAUGUUCGCAAGCAGAUGUGACCAGUACGUAACUCAGUUAGAUGAGAUGCAGAGACAGCUCGCCGCCGCUGAGGAUGAGAAAAAGACGCUGAACACUCUUCUCCGCAUGGCCAUUCAGCAGAAACUGGCACUGACCCAGCGGCUGGAGGACCUGGAGACCCCUCUCAGUAACGGUGGCAGCCCGCGCCAUUCCCGGACCAAGCAUCUGACCAAAUCAGGCCGAGCUCCGCGGAGCCCCAUGAGAAGCAGUCCACGCUCCAGUCCAGUGCUGGUUCCUACUGGCCCGCCGAACAUGAGCAACCACUUUAGGGCGCUCUCACGCAGCCUUCACAGCAGCCCCAGAUGAAAGCCUCCUUGUGUCCUCCCCCUGUGCUCCAGUGUACAUGGACCAUGUUCAUGCCCAGUUCAUGAACACCCUCACCCUGCAGACCUGUCCCAGCAUCCUCCUCUUCAUCAGACCUCACCUCAUUGGAUCUCUCAUCAUGUCUCUCGUGCCUCUCCCACUCCCUCUCUCUCGCCUGUUUCCAUGUGCUUGUCUUAUUUUUGUUUGUUUGGAUCAAGCCCUUCAGCUUCAAGACACUGAAAGCUGAACACCGUCAUGUCAUCUCAUGAUGGCAUAUCAUCAGAUUUUUUUCUUAUUCAUGAACCAAACCAAAAACUGAAGUCUAACUGGCUGUGACUGACCUUUUCUUAAGCUAGCCAUAAAUAAACACACCUUGUUUUGGUUUUAGCCAUAAAAACUGAAUUUUUAGGUAUCAUGGAAGACAUUCCUCUGGUAUAACUGACCAGUUGUGCAGUUCUACUACGAAUCCUCAUUGGUUAUUUACAUAUAACUUGCCCUGGCCUUUAAAGACCGCUACCGUGAAGUAAAAAAUAAAUGUAUACAGUAUAACCAGUAAGCAGAACAAUCAACUAUGCAGAGGUACAAAGACUUUUGCUGCUAAUUAGCUCAUGCAAAAAAAUCAACUUACCAAACUGCCAGUUUAACCUACCUACAACACAGGGUUAACAACAGCACUGUUAGACAGAUUUAAUUUUAUUUAGUGUGAUAGUGUUAAACUGCUGUGACAGUUGUGUUCAUGUCCAAAUUGAACACAUUGACUGGGGAAAACUGUAAUAGGAUUUAAAAUAGUGCCUUAAUAUUUUGAAGUUUCGAGUGAAGAUUUGUAGAUAAUUGGUUUAAUAUUUUGUUUAUUGAUUUGAUGGUAAGGGUUGUUUUAAGACUAAUUAUGGACAUUUGUUUGUGCAUGCAUGUGCAGAUAAUUCCCUACAAUACAUUCCCUAUAGGCUUGUUUUGUUAAAAACUAGGCCUUCGCAACCAAUAUUUCACUGUUCUUGUCAGAACCGUGUGUAUAUGUACGAUGUUGUGUCGAUCUGCCUGUCAACACUUUCAUCUCGUUUUCAGUCGAUUUCUAUAUUUCAAAAAUGCUUCCUGUUGUAUUUUUAUUGUUUAUUUUUUAACCUAAUUUUCUUUUAUAUUUUAUGGUUCAACCCUACAGAAUAGUAAUUUUCAUGAAAUAUCAGGUCUUGUUUGUGAAAAUAUGUAGUGAAAAAAAUAAAGUUGUUUUCAAUGUU